UUGUCGCUCCCUUUAUAUUUUUCUAAGCAAGAGAAAAGACGAUGAAGCUCCAUUUCGUCAUCUUGUUGCUAGUAGGCGUGUUUGUUCACGCUACACUAGGUGACUGUCCGUUUGAGAACGAGACUCUAAGUGUGGGUGCACACAUUCGUCAAUGCUCAACGGUCACUUGUCGUGAUGAUACUUCAAUAAUAAUGAUUCCGUGUCCCUUAUUCCAAUGUGCAGAAGGAAAGCAAAUCGGUUGGAAAGAAUUGGAUCUCAGCAAGCCUUAUCCAGAGUGUUGCGCAGGUCCGAUUUGUGCGAAGUAAAAGUCCUAAUGGAACUCCUAUGUAUAAUAUAAUACAUAAGAGCCUUUUUUAUAUCAAAUAUU